CGUUCGAAUACCGUUAAUUGAUUGAGAGAUCGAGAGCGCCCAACCUUUCUUUUGCCAGAAAAGCAGUUUAUAUUAAGAAAAUGGCAAGUGCUGAUCCACGGCUGAGGAACAUCAAAAUCAAGACAGGAGUCUUGAAGAGGUGUACCAAAGAAAAGGUGAUGUAUGAAAAGGAAGUUGUUUCGCAAGAGAAAAAAGUUGAAACAAUGAAAGCAGGAGGAGAUGACGAAUAUAAUAUCAAGAAACAGAUUGAAGUACUAGAGGAAUCUAAAAUGAUGAUCCCUGACUGUACAAGAAGAAUAAGGUCAGCCUAUACAGACUUGCAGAAUUUAAUUGACCAAGAGGAAGAAUUGAAGGAAACAGAAGAAUAUCAGAUAGCUGCUGCCCUUUUAUUAGAACACAAGGAUGCUGUCGAACACUGACUCGAUAUAUAUGUGUAUUAAGCCAACCAUUUGAUCAUGAUUGUAUGUGUGUGUGUGCGUGUUUAUGUGUGUUGGUCUUUAAUUUGUGCAGUUGAUUCGCAAUGAACAGCACCCCUUGGCUUCCAGAGGGUCCAGUUUCAUAAAUUGAGUUAAAUCAAUACAAAGUGUUGCUAUCAGCUAAUCAAAUUACAGCAUGCAGUAGCUUAUUGUACUCCCUUGUAAACUCGUCAUUGAUGGCAAGAAUUAUAAAAUAGGACCUGGGGAGCGUUUCAUCAAUAUUUUCGUCCGACAAGUUGUCAGAUCUGACAACUUUCCAUGAUUUUGAUUGGUU